GCCCAAUCAACAGCGUGUUUAACAAAGCCAUGGUAACGCAGUUUUCUCGCCAUAUUAUGACUAUUUUUUCAAAAUUGCUUUGCAAAUCAGGUCGUAACACGGGUUACUGUCCGCGACCCCGUUAAAGCCGGGAUAAUGUGUACUUUAUUCGAUCAUUAGAACCACUUUGCUAACGUUUAACGUUAUCAGGCUAUCAAGUUAACGUUAGCCAAAACAGCUAACGUUAAUGCUAAAGUAACUUCAGCUGGAUUACGAUUCACAACCAGACUGAGCCAUAGGCGGCUUUAAAUGUGUUUUCAGACCGUUGUGAAAGUGGAAAAGUGUUCCUACACAGAGGAAGAUGCCCCGCUUGCAGUCAGGUGUUUGGAAGCAUUUCACCCCAGCUAUCAAAGAAGGGAGGGAAACCUUCAUGUGCAACUACUGUUUAAAGACCUACACAAAGAAUGCUACCAAGAUGCAGAUGCAUUUGGACAAAUGCAAGGAGUACUCGGUGGUUUCGCAGCAGUCACCAGGCCCAGAUGGGAGCUCCUCGGCCUCCAUUCCUGUUCCCUCCUUCUCGUUCUUACCAUCUGCCACUCCUGGGGGACAGUUCCUUAUUGAUUCAGUGGAUCAGCGCAGCCAGGCACAUGCUGACGAGUGCCUGGCAAGAGCUGUGUAUGCCACUUCGUCACCCCUCACUCUCACUGACAAUAUUUAUUGGAAGCGAUUUUUUAGCGUGCUCCGGCCUGCUUACUGUCCGCCCACCAGAGAGGUUUUGUCCUCUCACCUCCUGGACUGUGAGUAUGACAGAGUACGAGGCCAGGUCCAUGAGGCCAUAGGGAGAGCGGACUGUGUCACCAUCGUCUGCAGUGGCUGGUCUACUAUGAAAGAAACCGGAACGAUCAUUUAUGUUGUUGCAACCCCUGUACCACUGUUCUACAAACGUGCGACGACAAAGGAGCAGACGUACACAAGCACUGUUAUUGCUGAGGAACUGAAAGAUAUUAUAAAUGAAGUGGGACCACAAAAGGUCUUUGCCGUUGUCACUGACAACGCCCCGGAAAUGAUGGCGGCUUGGGCUAAAGUAGAAGAAGCCUUCCCCCACAUAUCAGCUAUCGGCUGCACGUCGUGUGGCGUCCAGCAGCUCUUCGAUGACACAAUUGCAACGCCGUCUAUGACUGCUCUAUGCAGGAGAGCUGAGCAGGUGGUGAGGUACGUUAAAGAGCGGAAACUACUAGCAGAGGCCUUUAGAUGCUGGCAGACUACAAAUAUAAGAAACCACACUACUAAUGGGACAACCUUGGCACUGCCUAUUAACUCUGGCUGGACUGGUGUGGUUAACAUGUUCAGCAGCCUCCUGCAGGGUCAGAACUCUCUACAAGAGAUGGCCAUCUCACCCACACUGGAUAUCGAAGCAUCCAUCAGCGCCACGGUACAGGAUGCCGCAUUUUGGAAAGGAUUAAGCAGCAGUCGUAAUCUGCUCUACUUGAUUGGGAAUUACAUUGAUUACAUGAAAAGAGAAGACGCCGUACUCUCUGGUGUUGUUGACCUGUUCAGUCAGUUAAGAUACCACAUCGGAGCGUCCCUGUCUGGGUCUGUGCUGCACAGCGCUGAACAGAAAGCCGUCAUGGCAUCGUUAGACAGGUGUCAGGAGUUUUGCGUGAAGCCAAUUCACGCAGCGGCGUACAUGCUGGACCCAAAGCAUGCUGGACAGCAGACACUCUCAGCGGAGCAGAUAAACAGCGCUUACUAUGUGAUUUCCAACCUGUCGCACCAUCUAAAUCUUGAUGAGGGCAAAGUGCUUGGCAGCUUCGCCAGAUUCUCAGCCAAGCAGGGAUUAUGGAAGGGUGCCGGGAUAUGGAGCUCAUGCCAGCACGUGUCCGCAUCCACCUGGUGGAAAGGGCUGUGUUCCUCCGAGCCGCUGUCCGCUGUGGCCUCUGCUAUACUCCAGAUUCCGCCAGCAACAGGUGCUUGUGAGCACCUGCGGUCACGUUUUUGCAAUAUAAAGGGUCAAGGGUCUCUCUCAGCUGACAGGGUGCAAAAACUAGUUGCAUUACAAGCGAAUCUCAACCUUUUAGAGCCAAGUGAUUGUGAGUAUCCUCCGCUGGAGAGUGAGGGAGAGAAGAAGGUGUCAUUUCAAUCUGAGACUCAAUAGUAAGACAUAAUGAAAUAACUAAUGCUAUGUAGAGCCAAGACAUUCUCACUCCCAUCGCGUAAAAUACGGACGCUCGGUCAGGUUCCUUAGGCGUUGUUAUUGACACUAAAAGUGUCCUUUAGCAUCAGAUCUAAACACGCUUUAUCUAAACGCGCUGGGUCAGGACUAUUCUCAUCAAUUUUUACAUAGUUAGGUUUAGGAAUACAUGGUUUGGGGGGGGCUUACAAAAGGUGUCUUUACAUGAUAGGCUGGACAAGAACGGGACAGUUGGGUUUACCAAAAGAGAAAUGCAACAGUAAAGAUUGUGGGUGGGGUUAUAAAAUGCACGUUUCUGUGACACGCGGGACACAAACCCUGGUAUCCUGGCUGGUCUCCAUCUUUAAUACUACGUCUUCUUCACGCUCUGCGGAGCUGCUGCUCUUCCCGCUGCUCAUCGCGUCGCAUCCGACGCUGACGGCCAAUGACCAAGCGUAUUUUACAAGUUGGGAGUAAGAGCGGUUUGGUAGAGCCGACCGUGUGGACUGUGAUUCUCAAUAAAAAAUUUGCCUUACAGGUCAAUAAAGUUCAGACUAUUUAAAAAAAAAAAGCCUAAUGAGUGACUGAAUCUGAUGCCUUUCUGUGUUUUAAUCAUACACAAUGCAUACUCAAGUAGUAUUUUUUUAAAUUAUAGUUUUCAAAUAGUAUCCAUCUACCUUGUACUGACAA